UUCAGAGCCAUCACAGACCUGGAGGGGACGGUCUGUGACCAAGGCUGCCGCACUCCCCUCCUGUGCAUCCGACUCCCUGGUCAAGUAUGAGACUUGUCCUCUCCACCGUGCUGUCCUUCGGGAUAGUGGCUCUGUGUUUGGCUGCACCUUCCAAGGCCACCGUCAGAUGGUGCACAAUAUCCUCACCGGAACAGAAGAAAUGCAAUGAGCUAAAGGAGCGCAUGCAACAGGAGAGCCCCGGCUUGGCUUGUGUGCAGAAAACGACCUACUUCGACUGCAUCACGGCCACUGCGAGAAAUGAAACAGAUGCCAUGAGCUUGGAUGGUGGUCACAUUUAUGAUGCAGGCCUGAGUCCCUACAAACUGAAGCCCAUUGCUGCUGAGGUCUAUGAAGGACAUAAAGGACCCACAACCUACUACUACGCUGUGGCUGUCGUGAAGAAAGGAACAGGCUUCACAAUAAACGACUUGAAAGGCAAGACUUCCUGCCACACAGGCUUGGGCAAGUCCGCCGGCUGGCUUAUUCCCAUCGGGACGCUUGUUCGCCGAGGAGACAUCCCAUGGGAUGGCAUAGACUCUGGCUCCAUCGAGCAAGAGGUGGCCAAAUUUUUCUCGGCCAGCUGCGUGCCUGGUGCCACCGAAAAAAACCUGUGCCGUCAGUGCAAGGGGGAUUCGAAAACCAAAUGUGGCCGCUCAUCACUUUAUUCGGGAUAUUCUGGAGCUUUUCUUUGCCUGAAAGACGGAAACGGAGAAGUAGCUUUUGUGAAACACACAACUGUUGAAGAAAACGCUGCAGGCGAAAAGGAUAAAUAUGAACUGCUGUGUUUGGAUGGCACCCGGCAGCCCGUGGACAACUAUAAAACCUGCCACUGGGCCAGGGUCCCUGGUCAUGCUGUCGUGGCUCGAGAUGAUGGCAAGGCUGAAGAAAUCUGGGCUUUUCUCUCAAAAGCACAGGAAAAAUUUGGCAUUGGCACAACCAGUGACUUUCACCUCUUUGGGACACGUGAUAAGACCGACCCCUACCACAAAGACUUGCUUUUUAAAGAUUCUGCAAUAUCGUUGAAGAAAAUCCCAGCGCUGAUGGAUACCCAGCUCUAUCUAGGCUAUGAGUACUACAGUGCCACUCAGAACCUCAGGAAAGAUCUGAUGUCUUCCAGCUCCAAGAAAAGCAAGAUUCAGUGGUGUGCAGUGGGUAAGGAUGAGAAGAUCAAGUGUGACCGCUGGAGUGUGGUGAGCAACGGAGAGGUGGAGUGUGCUGUGGGGGAAACCACAAAGGACUGCAUUGUUAAGAUCAUGAAAGGUGAAGCAGAUGCCAUCAGCGUCGACGGAGGUUUUGUCUACACAGGCGGAGAAUGUGGCUUGGUGCCAGUGAUGGGAGAAAACUAUGAAGAUGAUCAAUGCAGCAAAGCAGGAGAACCAGCUUCUUACUUCGCGGUGGCCGUUGUGAAGAAAUCCAACCCGGGAAUUACGUGGAACAACCUGAAGGGCAAGAAAUCGUGCCACACCGCCGUUGGGAGAACUGCAGGCUGGAACAUCCCCAUGGGCUUGAUUCACAACAAAACCGGGAACUGUAAUUUUGAGGAAUAUUUCAGCGAGAGCUGCGCGCCGGGGUCUCCUCCCGGCUCCCGGCUUUGCAGGCUCUGCAAGGGCUCCGGGGGGAUCCCGCCGGAGAAGUGUGUCGCCAGCAGCCACGAGAAAUACUAUGGCUACACUGGAGCUUUCCGGUGCCUCGUCGAGGAGGGGGAUGUGGCCUUUAUCAAGCAUUCGAUCGUCGAGGAAAACACUAAUGGCAAAAAUAAAGAGGAUUGGGCCAAAGAUCUGACAAUGGACCAAUUCGAGUUGCUGUGCCUGGAUGGGAGAAGGGCAAAUGUCAUGGAUUACAGAACCUGCCACCUGGCAAAAGUUCCUACCCAUGGUGUGAUCUCACGUCCUGAGAAAGCAAAUGAAAUACGUGAUCUGCUGAAGAGACAGGAGAAAUUAUUCGGAGAAAGGGGAAGCGACAAAGACCGAUUCAAGAUGUUUAAGUCUCAGACCAAGGAUCUUCUGUUCAAAGACUUGACCAAGUGCCUGGUUGACCUCCGUGAAGGAAUAACGUACAAGGAAUUCCUGGGAGACCAGUACUACGCGUCGGUCGCCAGCCUCAACACGUGCAACCCCUCAGAUCUCCUCCAGGUGUGCACCUUCCUCCAGGACUCGAAUGACAACUCCCACGGGGCUCCAUGGGGGAAUGCCCGCGGAACUACAACUCCCAUGGGGCUGUGCGCGGGCGGCCGGAGGGCGGUGCUGCUGCUGGGCCUCUGCGACGCGGGCAAGACGCUGCUCUUCGCCAGGCUGCUGGCGGGCAGGUACCGGGAUACGCAGACCUCCAUCACGGACAGCUCCGGCGCGUACCGCGUGAGCAGCGACAAGGGGGCAAACGUGACCUUGAUAGACCUCCCGGGCCACGAGAGUUUACGGCUUCAGUUCUUGGAGAGGUUCAAGGCUGCUGCCAGAGCACUCGUGUUCGUGGUGGACAGCGUGGCCUUCCAGCGGGAGGUGAAGGACGUGGCCGAGUUCCUCUACCAGGUGCUGGUCGAUAGCACCGUGCUCAAGAACGCGCCCGCGCUGCUCAUCGCGUGCAAUAAACAAGAUGUUACGAUGGCAAAAUCAGCCAAACUGAUCCAACAGCAGCUGGAGAAGGAGCUAAACACCUUACGAGUGACCCGCUCUGCAGCUCCCACCAGUUUGGAUGGCCCCGCUGCUGGGGGCCCCGCUCAGCUGGGCAAGAAGGGCAAAGAUUUUGACUUCUCCCAGCUGCCCAUGAAGGUGGAGUUUGUGGAGUGCAGCGCCCGGGGCAGCAAGGGAGAGGAUGGAGACGCCGACUUGGAGGCCCUGGAGAAGUGGCUGGCCAAGAUCGCCUGAGGGCAGGAAG